AUUUAAACAUCCAAGGUGUGAUUAACACUUAAUCACAUAGAUGAAAUGAUUUAUUAGUCUAAUAAUUGCAAUUGCAAUUACUUACUCUGAGAAGGAGAAAAAAGGUACAAAAACCAUAAGUGUACCUACAAAGGACUAAUUAAAUAUCAUUUUCCACUGAAUAGUUGUUUGUAACAGUUUUUACAAUACAACAGAGCAACAAUUUAAUAUAAUUGAAAGAUUUUAUCAAACAGACAGCUUGAAUGGAUGCAAUCAAGAAAUCUGCAAAAUAUAUUCAUUUCUUACAAAGGGAAUUAUUUAUGACAAAUUAAUUAUUGAUAUUUAUUUCUGUACAAAUUUACCAUAUAUGCUUCUAUAUUCGAAGACAUAUAUUUUAGAAUCAAUAUAUUUAGAUAUUUCUUUUCACUUGAUGGUAUAAAGAAAACUGCCUGAAAUAAUACUCAUAUCUUUUUUAUUUAACCAUGCUAUCUUAUAAUUAAAAUUUAAACUUGAAAAUUAAAAUAAUACAAUCUAUUGGCACUGCUUUCAACAAUUAUUAUCAUAAUUGCCCCUAAUUUGUCCAUUGUGUAUCUUUAAUAGUACUUAGUGCCUCCUUAGCGGUCUUUGCUAGGAAAACUGCCUGAAAUAAUUUACUCAUAUCUUUUUUAUUUUAACAUUUAUUUCUUAGAUUUUUCUUAAGGGUCUUUAUUGUACCCUAAGUCACCCCUUAGUGGUCCUUAGUGCUCACUUAGAGGUCCUUAGUGGUCCUUUGUGCCUCCUUAGCGGUCCUUAGUGGUCCUUAGUGGUAUAUUGCAGGACCCCUGCUAACAGGGGUAACAUUUCUGUGAAUUUUUCUCUGGUCAAGAACGUUCCGAGAGGAGAUGCUUUUCAUAUUUCCAGUGUAAUGCUUGAUGGAUUAUCAAACUUGUGUGACGACUAUUGUAAAAAACUAGUUGCAGUCGGUUGUGAUGGAGCUAGUGUUAUGCUUGGUAAAAACACUGGUGCAGUACAACGUAUCCGCAAACACACAGAUAGACCAUGGUUAUUGGGAGUACACUGCUCGGGUCACAAGCUUGAAUUGGCAUACAAAAAUAUGGUUAAAUCAAAAAUUUCACUCUAUGAUAAAGUUGAAAACUUUCUACUGUCUGUUUAUUAUUUCUACAGAAAUAGUAAUUUGAAUCGUGCCAUGUUGAAAGAGUCAUUCAAAUCCUUGGGAAUUAAUGUAGUAUUGCCUACACGAGUGGGAGGGACAAGAUGGAUAAGUCAUUUGAAGCUUGCUGUUGGGUGUUACUUGAAAGGGUAUAAAGCAAUAUCCCAGCAUUUAUCUCAGCUUCAAAAUCCAGAUGAUCGUGUAUAUGCAACUGAAAAGGGGAACAAAGCGAAGGCUUUGUCGAAAACUGUGUUUGCGCGAGAUGCAUGGCACAUGAUGCAUUUCCUCCUUGAUUGUUUAGAAAUUCUUGUGAUUGUGAGCAAGAAAUUUCAAGAAAGGACUGCAACCGUGUCAGAGAUACUUCAUGACAUUGAAAGUUCUGAAAAGCAACUAGAAAAACUUAAAACAAGAUUACGGUGACAGUAAAGUUGCAGAACUGGUAGAUUACUUCACUCCAGCCUUAAAAGCUGCUGGUGUUGCCCCAGAGAAAUGUGAACUUGAAUGGACAAAACUCAAGAUGUUUAUGUUUACCAGAUUUAAGAAGCCAAACUCAGCCACAUGGAGAGAAGUAAAUGAUAAGCUAGGACAGAUUUGCCCUAAUUUCCUAGCACUUGUGGAUCUGAUUUUAUCCAUUCCAGCAUCAUCAGCAGAUGCCGAAAGGGGUUUCAACAGGCUUAAAAUUACAAAAAGUGACUGGAGAAGUUGUUUGUCAGAUAGCCAUCUUUCUGACCAACUAAUGAUUAUGUUGGAAUCACCAGAUGUUAAAGAUUUUGAUCCAUUAGCAGCUAUACAUAUCUGG